AUGACCGAAUUAUCUCUCAUCUUCGCCCCCGGCGCCUGGUACCCCCCAACAGCAUUCGACUCGAUCAUCACCCAGCUCCGCCAACACGGCCAUAUCAGCCACUGCCAGACCAUCGCCUUCCCCUCCAUCCAACAAGCGACGACCGUCAAGGACCUCCAGCCCGACAUCGAAGCCACCCGUGCGCUGGUCGAGCCCGAAGCGGACGCCGGGCGAGACGUGGUUCUGGUCGUGCACAGCUGGGCCGGGCUACCAGUGAACAGUGCCUUGGGGGGCCACUACUGGGCCAGCACACUCCGGCCUCACGCAUGGGCGACAAAGGUGUCACCGGCCACAGACGCGGCGUACCUGACCAUUCCGUCAACAUACCUGCUCUGCGAGGAGGAUCGGGCAAUUCCGAUAGCGGUGCAGGAGGCCAUGGUCGAGAAGGCGCGAGGAAGCGGUGCGCCGAUGAAGACGGAGCGGAUCAAGGCGGCGCAUACGCCGUGGCUGGCGCGGCCGGAGGAGGUUCUGCGGUUUUUGCAGACGGAGAUUGGCAGGAAAAGGCAGUAG